CUUUCCUUUCUUUCCCGCAAAGAAAGAAGAGCGAGAGCGAGAGAGAAGAGAGAGCAGCGGCGGCGAGGAUGGCGAGCAGCGGCAUGAAGAGGGAGAUCAACGAGACCCACGACGCCCUGCGCUUCGGCAUCAACGCUGGCGUCAAGGCCGAUCUUGCGCCGCCUCACCCGCUCCAGUCCACCAUCCAAUCGGAGGCCAAGUUCUGGGCGGACAAGAAGAGGUUCGGGACGGAGGCCAUCUACGGAUCCGCCUUCAACAUCCGCAAGGAUCUCGAUGCCCAAAUCCUCUCCAGGUUCCAGAGGCCACCUGGGGCUCUGCCAUCAUCUAUGCUUGGAUAUGAGGCCCUGACAGGUUCCCUCGAUGAUUUUGGAUUUGAAGAUUAUCUUAACAUGCCUCAAGAUUCUGACAGUUUCCGUCAACCUGACAUGCACCAUGGAAUGGAGGUUCGCCUUGGUUUAUCGAAGGGACCUAUUUGCCCUAACUUCAGUUGAUCUUAUCCAUGAGCUUCAAUUGGUCUCAUCCAUGUAGUUCUCGCAAUACGUUGUGCUCCGGUCAGUAGACCAUAUUAUGAUGUUGAAAAGUGAAAACUGAUGGGGUUGCAUCUGUUUAGUUUCGUGUUUCAAUCAACGCCGAAUUUGCUGUUUAUCCUAUUUGAAAUUCUAUAUAUACUUUUGCUAGUUGCUUUGCCA